UGCUGUGUGGUGUAUGGCUCAUACUGAAGGUGCACACAAACAUUGAACAACUUUUCCCUUACGGCCUGUAAAGUGUCGACUUUAGAGUGAUGAUGAUGAAGAUGAUGAAGGGGCUAUAGCCAAAAUAUAAGCGCCCUUUUCUCAGUCAAGUGGAGCAGAGAGCAAGACGCGAACCAUUGAGCCACUGCACAACAGGACGGCUAGGAUGGAGGGAGUCUGCAUAUGACACACGCCCAUGGCACCACGUCUCAGACGGAGGUAGACGGUGGAGAUGUUCAUCGGCGCUCCAGGCCUGCUGCUGCUCGCGCGCCCGUUAGCUGCAGAGAGGGAGUCUAAAGGGAGUCAGCGACUCGUCCUCACGCUGAGGCUCUCCUUCUUCACCCUGCACGCGGACGGGAUGUGUGUGUUGCCCUGCGUCUUUUAUCCCGACUGAGGGGAUCGCAAGUCACAUGGGGGCGGUGAGACAACGGAGGUGAGGAUGGGUCCUUCUUCGGUCAACCUGGGGGUCCAAAUCCGGAUUUAGUCAAAUCUGCACGCGGCUGUCAUUGCAGAGGGCGGGGAGCUGAGCCGCCGCGUGCUUGUGGUCCGCCGGCGCGUCCUGCAGACAGAGGAGCAGCAGACCAGGGAACCCCACCGAGCCAGGGUCUACCCGCGGCACCCCGAAAACACAGAGCGGAGAGGGAGGACCGUGCCCCUCAGAGGGCUCCUCCUAGAGCUUAUCUUCUACCGGGACAGAGUGAGCAGCGGCGCUCAGCGGGGGUCAGCAUGGUUCUUCGCUUGAGAGUCCGCUGAAUUAAUUGAUCCUCGUGUUGUGACUCCGGAGGAACAUCAAAGUGCAAGUCAUCAACUUGGCUGAGUUGAACUUGUUCAGAGUCUGCGGGAUCAUGAGCGGAGCGACACACGGGCUUCAGUACCAGUCUGGGGUCUAUGGGGGGACUGGGACCAGUGGCAGCCCUGGCACCAAGCAGGGCGCCCCCUCCUCCUCCCCCAUCCUGUGUGAGCGCUGCAGGAAGAGCUGUCAGGGGGAGGUGGUGAGAGUGAAGAACUCCCACUUCCACGUGCACUGUUUCACCUGCCAAGUGUGUGGCUGUGACCUGGUGCGGGCGGGGUUCUUCCACCAUGGGGGGGAGUACGUGUGCACCCAGGACUACCAGCGUCUGUACGGGACGCAGUGUGACCGCUGUGGGCAGUACAUCAGCGGGGAGGUGGUCUCCGCGCUGGGACGCACCUACCACCCCCACUGCUUCGUCUGCAGCCUCUGCAGGAGCCCAUUCCCUAUUGGAGACAGAGUGACCUUCUGUGGAAAGAAGUGUGUGUGUCAGCAGUGUUCCCAGGGCCUGAACCGCGACAGGCCCGUCAAGGUCCAGGGACCGAGCUACUGCUCAGGUUGCGGAGAGGAGAUCAAACAGGGCCAGUCUCUCUUGGCUCUGGAGAGACAGUGGCAUGUCAGCUGUUUUAAAUGCCACACAUGCGGGUGUACCCUCACUGGGGAAUACAUCAGCAAGGACGGCGUGCCGUACUGUGAAUCAGAUUACCACAACCAGUUCGGCAUCCGCUGUGACUGCUGCCAGGGCUUCAUCAGUGGGAGGGUGCUGGAGGCGGGGGGUAAACAUUAUCAUCCGAGUUGCGCCAGGUGUGCCCGCUGUCACAUGACAUUCCUGGAAGGAGAGGAGAUGUACCUUACAGGUGCUGAGGUUUGGCAUCCGAUGUGUAAAGAGGCAAUUGGAAUGGAGAAGAAGCUGAGGCUGCGCCGGACCUCAGAGACGGCGUCUCUCUCUCCCCCCAUCUCCAGCGCCGGCUCCCCCCACCGCCUCGUAUGCGCCAAGGCAGACAGCGCGCUGCUGAAUGCAAAGCGUCUGUCUGCCUUCCAGAGGCCCGACGUCAUCCCCUACCAGGCCUACCACGCACACACACGCCUCCCAGAGAGCCCCCUGCACCCGCCCUACGGCUGCGGACAGUCGCGCGGUCACACCUUAUCUCCGUACUCUCAGGACCUGUUGGACAGUGUUGAUCAGCGGACCUCCAGGCGUUCUUCCAGCCCCUACACUGACUCUCCAGCACACAGCCGUUAUGGAGGGUCCCCCCUCCACUACAACACACCUGGUAUUGAGAGUGGCAGGAGUUCACCCAAUCCCUAUCAGUCUGACCCCAGGUCUGGCACACCCACCUCCUACCAAGCCCCCAAGCAUUUCCAUGUACCAGCCUCUAACGAUCAUCUACAGAACAUCUACAGGAAUCCUCCCAUCUAUAAGAGACAAGAAGCCCCUGUCUCCCCGUCAGCCAAUAGGAGGAGAAACAGCAACCUCAACACCAGCUCCAGCCCCAUCUCUGCAUCCAACUGCAACGACAUCUACCACCCUGAAUCCAACUACUACCCCUACUCCGGCUCUCCCAAAGUCCCGAGGGUGAGGAGGUUUUCUUCUGGGGGUGAGGAUGAUGGAUGGAAUCUAAAUCUGAACAAGGGGAUUGGUCGAAUGAUUCUGAAGGAGGAAAUGAAAGCGCGCUCUGGUUGCCAUGACAACGACCAAUGGGGGAGUGGCCGCAAUUCCUGCAACAACAGCAAGGAGGCACUGCACAACAUGACAGACCGCACACUAAAUGGCUCCCCCCGGUCGCUCUACAGUGCUGACAGUGAUAUGUACAACAAAUGUGGCUCGCUGCCCAGCUACGGACGAACCGCACUCCCCAGACCGGGCAGCGCUGGCGGAGACUACUUCCAGUAUGACAGCGAUAACUCUGUCAACUGGCAGAUCAAAGAGUACAAGAUCUACCCGUACGAAACCCUGGUGGUCACCGUGAGAGGACAGCACAGCCUGCCUGCAGACGUGGACCGAGCGAGGCUGGAGCGCCACCUCUCUCCAGAGGAGUUCCACCGUGUGUUCGGGAUGUCCAUGGCUGCCUUCGACCGGCUGGCUCAGUGGAAGAAGCAGGAGCUCAAGAAGCAGGUGAGGCUCUUCUGAAGAAGCCUUUCCAGACGUCUCCAUACUGCCACAGACCGCAUCAUGUGAUCCUGACACCAGACCGAUGGACAGAAGUGGAAACACUUUCCUAAAGAGAACAAAAAAAGGCCUUCCACUCUUCGGAAAGGUUGGACUGAAAUGAGCAACGGAGCACUUCUCCAGAGGACAUUUCGUCACAGUACUCAUGGUUCACAUGCUUUUCCCAGAUAGCUAUCCUGGGAACGUUCGGAAAGAGGGAUUGAAAGGAGUGUAUUUUUUGGCAACAGGUGGGCAGGCAGUCAAAGGAAACAUGGAAGAGUGGAGGGAUGCAGAGGAGCGGUAUUUCCAAAAGAAUUUUUUUGGUCUCUGUGGAACCUGCAUCUUCCUUUAUAACCAGCAGAUGGCAGCGUGUUAACAAAACCACAUGCAGCGACCUCUUCAAGUGUACUGAAGGUGCUGGAAGAGGUUGUUUUAGGUAAUAAGAAAAAGCAGCACAUUGGUUUUCAUAUCAUAGAUUAAUAUAAUUCAACAAUACAGAUAGCAACACUGUUUUAACCAGGUUGGUUUUAACUACAUAGAGCAUAGUCCAGUGCAGACAGACUUGGUCUGGCGUUUGUGUGAUUCUGGUGUGACUAACAGACAUUAGGAGGUUUACAAUGUGUGGGCACUGGAAGGAACAAACCAAACGCUUAUUCUAGGUUCUCCUUUUAUACUGGUUGUUUGUGUUCAUGAGGUUUCUUUUUUAAUGUAAUAUUUGCAUGUUAUUUUCUGAGCCAUGGAGCUUCAGAAUGAAUGUGUCAUCUCCCCUUUUGAAGGGUUUAUUGUUGCAGUGAGAUGCAUUGAUUCCCAUGAGAGGAAUCAUUCUAGUCCCCAUCUGGGUGACUGACAGAGAGAAUACCUGAGGGGAGUUUAGGACGAUGGGGAAGGUUUGAAGUUUCACAUUUUAAAAUCGUUUUUUACGUUCAACAACAUCCUAAAUGAUCUGUUGCAGUUUUCAGAAACCAUCAUUAUGCUUUGCAAUUUAUGCAAUUUAUUCUUUGUCGUUUGUGUGUGUGUGUGUGUGUGU